UACGUACAGCGGCAGUCCCGCAUUUUAACACAAACACCAAGGGCAGAUAAUUCCCCCAAUUCUCAGAAUUUCAGGAUUUUGCCCUGACAACUCUUUGAGUAGUAAAACGAUUUCAAAACCCUCUCGCACAUUUCUCUCAUCGGAUUAGGGUUUUGAUUCCGCCAUAUAUGUUGCCCUAGACCGUAUAUCUAUCGUACAGUAUUUGGGUUUUCCGUUUUUCCUUUGAUAUUUUUUUUUUUAGAAAUUUUGAAUUCGGGACGGAGUUAGAGUGAGAGAUGGUCGCCGGGUCGCGAAUCGAAGGUGGGACUCAGAUAAUCUCAGCAGGAGUGAGAAAAACGAUUCAAUCAAUCAAAGAAAUAGUGGGUAAUUACUCGGAUAUUGAUAUCUAUUGGGCUCUCAAAGAAACCGACAUGGAUCCUAAUGAAACUACCCAGAAGUUGCUCAACCAAGACCCAUUUCAUGUUGUGAAGAGAAAAAGAGACAAAAGGAAGGAGGUAUCCUCUAAUAGUAAUGGGCACAAGGUUCCUGCGGAUGCAAGGAGACAUUUUGAGAGUGCAGGCCAAGGACCCAAACCAAAUACAUCCUCUGAUCAUCCCUCUUCUCAGAAUACAACAUCUGAUCAUCCCUUUUCUCAGAAUACAACUUCUGAUCGUCCUUCAUCUCACAAUACAUUUUCUGAUCGCCCUUCAUCUCACAAUACAUUUUCUGAUCGUCCCUCAUCUCGCAAUACAUUUUCUGAUCGUAAUGUUAGAAGAGGAGGUUAUACUCGUGGCGGUUCAACUGGUACAAAAAUCAGCAGGGAAUUCCGUGUUGUGAGAGACAACCGAAUUAACGGUAAUGUCAAUAAAGAAAUGAAGCCUGCUUCACCAAAAUGUACAACUUCCACCGAUGAGCAAGCGUCAAAUAAUUCUGGAAAGGGCCCAACAGGAAGUUCAAAUAGUCAAAAGCCAUCUAGCAGACAAAAUUCGUCUCAUGGAUUGAAUGGGCAAACUCAAAUUAGAAGCAGUGGUGCUAAUUCGACUGGUACUGUUAGAAAAGAGACAUCAGUGGAGAAGCGAGUUACUCUUCCAAAUGUAGCUUCACGGGGGCAAGGAGGGAAGCCAAACAAUUCCCAACCGCACUCUCCAAUGGUGAUAUCGAGCAACUCUGUUGUUGGGGUGUAUUCAUCUUCCACAGAUCCUGUUCAUGUGCCAUCUCCUGAUUCCAGACCAGCUGCUUCUGUUGGUGCUAUUAAACGGGAAGUUGGUGUUAGGAGACAAGCUUCUGACAACUCGAAGUCAUCUGCUCCAAGUAGAUCUGUGACUUCUGUCUCAAAUUCACUUUUGGGAAAAGAGGAUUCUACCGAGUCAUUUCGACCUUUUACUGGAAUCUCUAAAACUGAUCAAGUGAGCCAAACUUCUGAAUCUGUGAUACCUAGCAUGUCGGGCAGCAGACCGUUGUUAAGUAAUCAGCACAAUGUCAAGCCACACCAACCACCUGUGGGACAUCAGAAAGCUUCCCAGCCUAAUAAGGAGUGGAAACCUAAGUCAAGCCAAAAGGCAAGUUCUAAUAGUCUUGGAGUCAUCGGAACACCAACAAAAUCUGUUUCACCUGCUUCUGGUGAUCCUCAGGUUUCAGAGUCAGAAGCGGCUAAAUUGCAAGAUAAGCUCGCACUAGUAAAUAUAUAUGAUAACUGUAACGUUGUCAUAGCACAUAGUAUUAGGGUCCCAGACAGUGAUCGUUUUCAGUUAACGUUUGGAAGCUUGGGGACAGAGCCUGAUUCAACAGGGAACAUAGUUAAUGGAUAUCAAGUGGGAGCUUCAGAGGAGUCAAACAGGGAAGCUACAGCAAGUUUGUCAGUAUCAGCUGCAGAGUCUUGCAGUGAUGAGGCUUCUGGCAUCAAUCCGGUCGAUUUAUUAGAUCACCAAGUUAGAAGUUCUGGAUCUGAUUCCCCUGCAUCAGGUGCAGUUGCUGAACAUCAGUUGCCUGAGAAUAAAGAGACUUCGAGUCCUCAGAAUUUGGGCAAUUAUGCAGAUAUUGGUUUGGUUCAAGACAACUGUUCAUCGUAUGCACCUUCUGACUCACAGCAGCAAGAUCCACCAGAGUUACAAGGUUUUUCGGCAUUUGAUCCUCAGACUGGUUAUGACAUGCCUUAUUUCAGACCAAAUAUGGAGGAAAAUCGUGGACAGGGUCUACCUUCUCCUCAAGAGGCCUUGAGCUCACAUACUAUCAACAGCAUGGCUGCAUCAACAGUUGCCAUGCUACAACAGCAACCACCACCAGUGGCGCAGAUGUACCCACAAGUUCAUGUUUCACAUUAUGCUAAUCUUAUGCCAUAUCGCCAAUUUCUCUCACCAGUUUAUGUUCCACCAAUGGCUGUGCCUGGUUAUUCCAACAACCCUGCGUAUCCUCACCUGUCUAAUGGCAGUAGCUACUUGCUGAUGCCUGGAGGCGGUUCACACCUAAAUGCAAACAGCCUCAAGUAUGGAGUGCAGCAGUUUAAGCCUGCCCCUGCUGGAAGUCCCACAGGGUUUGGGAAUUUUACGAAUCCUAACGGGUAUGCAAUGAAUGCCCCUGGUGUUGUUGGAGGGGCCACUGGGCUAGAAGAUUCAUCUCGAAUCAAGUACAAAGAUGGCAAUCUAUACAUCCCAAAUCCUCAGGCCGAGACAUCAGAGAUUUGGAUUCAGAACGCAAGGGAGCACCCGGGCAUGCAAUCCCCUCCGUACUACAACAUGCCUGCACAAUCGCCUCACGGUGCUUACAUGCCAUCUCACGCUGCUCAUGCCUCCUUCAAUGCAGCUGCGGCCCAAUCUUCUCACAUGCAGUUCCCAGGUUUGUACCAUCCUCCUCAGCCUACCGCAAUUCCCAACGCGCACCAUAUGGGUCCUGCUAUGGGCGCUAAUGUCGGUGUUGGGGUGGCUGCAGCGUCUCCCGGGGCACAAGUUGGUGCGUAUCAGCAACCCCAACUGAACCAUAUGAAUUGGCAAUCGAACUUCUGAAUAAAAGAAAAGGGAAAAAGAAAAAUGUGAAUCUAACUCCGUGGUUGUAAGGGGUGAAGUAGUAGAGGGUAUAGAGAAGGGUUUUUCUUUCUGUCAAAUGAAAUAUAACCCAUAAUCCUUUCUUAUUUAAUUAAUCAAAGGCUUCAUGUGGUGUUCCGUUU